AUGUUUCUGGUGGACUGGACACAGGAUGUCUGGGAGUUCAGCAAGAGGAACAUCAUCCCCGACCUUUUUAUCAAAAGACGUUUCAACUUCAUCACCAUUCAUUACCUUUAUCUGAUCGGCAUGUCCCUCCUUCUGUCCGUCAUCCUCUUCGGGCUCGGCGAUAUGGCCUACAUCGACGCAUUGUUUUUCGCCUCGGGAUCCGCCACCCAGAGUGGUCUCAAUACCAUCGAUGUCAAUACUCUCAAAACCGGUCAACAGGCUAUGCUAUACUUGGGUGCCAUGUUGUGCAACCCCAUUGUGGUACAUUCCGUCGUGGUCUUUGUGAGACUUUACUGGUUUGAAAAACGCUUCAAGGAUGUUGUCAUGGAGGCUCGAAAACUACGUCGCACCAGAUCCCGAACUCGCGCCAACACAUUCUCCAAUGGUGAUGCCGAGCAAGGAUCCGACGGUCCGGGUAUGAAGGAAAGAGGGAUGAAACUUUUUCGCAGUGCUACAGAUCGAUGGCUGCGCCAGGAGCAGCCUCUGGACAAGGAGAAUGACGAGGACGGCCGAGAGUCCAAUGGAAAAGCCCUCGACUCGUCCAACAGUUCCCAUCAAGACCAUGGAAAUGUCAGAGUCGAAAGACGCGAUGAUCGUCUACGACUGCAGACCACACGAUCUACAGAGGAUGUGCGCCUUCCUCAGCUACUGAGUCCCGAGCAACACAUUCGCUUCCUGGAGAACCAGCGGAAUCCGGAUGAUGCCACCACCUUGAGAAUCCCCAGUCCGCGAGAAUUUGAGCAGGGCAGUAGACCCGAGAACAUUCCCGACCAAGUGGACGGUGUUUUGUUGCGACAGAUCACGAGUGAACCCAAUCUUCCAAGCUCGACUGAGAAGCGAAGUUCCGAGUUGAAUCCAAGACCGGAAGGAGGCAACACGCAUAUCACAAUUGAUGAGCCCCGAUUUUUGCGGGAUCAUCGUAACGACAAAUCGACCACUUUCCCGCGUUUGAAUACCAGACAAUCUACGGUGCCGCAGAACCAUGACAGUGUCGAACCUGGCCUCCAGACACGUCCUACACGAUCGAGUACAUUCCGUACACUCCGACGAAGCAACACCGCACGUACCAUGGAACCGGCGCCGUACUUGAGCUGGCAGCCUACUAUUGGACGAAACUCUUUCUUCUUUGAUUUGACGGAGGAGCAACGAGAAGAGUUGGGCGGGAUCGAGUAUCGAGCACUCAAGACGCUGGCGUUGAUUCUUGUUGGGUAUUUCUUCUUCUUCCACUUUCUUGGUGUGGUUUGUCUUACACCGUGGAUCAUGCAUUCUGGAACGUAUUCUGCCGUGGUGGAAGCAGUCUCACAAAAUCGGGUUUGGUGGGGGUUCUUCACCAGUGCGUCAUCAUUCAACGAUCUGGGAUUUACCUUGACGCCGGACUCGAUGCUCUCGUUCAAUCGGGCGGUAUGGCCCCUUCUCAUCAUGACCUUUCUGAUCAUCAUUGGCAACACAGGCUUUCCAUGUAUGCUUCGAUUUGUAAUUUGGGCCAUAUCCAAGGUGGCAUCGCAUGGCUCGCCGUUCUGGGAAGAGCUUCAAUUUCUCUUGGACCAUCCUCGAAGAUGCUUCACACUAUUAUUUCCUGGCCGCGCGACGUGGGUGCUCUUCGGAAUUCUGGUGGUGCUCAACGGAGUGGAUCUUAUCUUCUUCAUCAUUCUUGAUCUCAAUGACCCAACGGUGACCCAGCUACCUGGAGGGAUUCGUUUUCUUGACGGACUGUUUCAGGCUGCUUCUACUCGGACUGCAGGAUUCGCGGUGGUCAACCUGGCAGAAUUACACCCUGCUAUUCAGGUCAGUUAUCUGGUCAUGAUGUACAUUUCGGUCUUCCCAAUUGCCAUCUCCAUGCGUCGUACGAAUGUCUACGAGGAAAAAAGUCUGGGUAUCUACAGUAGUCAGAACGAUGAGGAAGGCGACGAAAAGGAAGCCAGCUAUGUGGGCGCCCAUUUGCGACGACAGUUGAGUUUUGACCUGUGGUAUGUCUUUUUGGGGAUGUUUAUUAUUGCUAUUGUUGAAGGGAGUCGGUUGGAAAACACCAACGAAUAUGCUUUCACUUUGUUUUCUGUCUUGUUCGAGAUUGUCUCGGCAUAUGGAACGGUGGGCCUGUCUUUGGGAUAUCCAACAGCAAACUCGUCAUUCUCGGGUCAAUUCCGGCCGUUGUCGAAGCUUGUAAUCAUUGCCAUGCAAAUUCGUGGCCGUCAUCGUGGUCUUCCAUACGAAUUGGAUCGAGCUAUCUUACUGCCAUCAGAAAGUCUUCAACAAAAGGAGGCGAAAGAAGGGAACCGCAUAGUGAUGCGGCGUCGACGUUCUUCGGCUGGGCAGUCUAUGAUGUCUGCAGUCGAUGGCAACUUGGAAGGACAAAGAUUUCGACCAGAAACGGGAAUGGCUUCAGGGACACAUACUGGAGAAUUUGAGCAACAUCUUCGUCCUCGUACAAAUACCAACCGCACCAUGGGCAGCAAUGCAAGUGGGUCAGACCAGUAUCAUGCUCUUCAUUCGAAUCCAGGGCAUCCCAGACACGCAAUAGGAACUUUGAUGGCCAGCCUAGCCACGGACAAGAUCGAUCCGAUCAAAGAGGAGAAAGCUGGUGACAGCGACUAG